GAGACCCAGUCGGUAUAAAAGCCCCCCAAAGAACAGGAAGUGCAGCACGUUUUCGGCUGAACGCAGACAUGUUGAGGUUUCUGUUGCUGACCACUCUCGCGGCCUUGGUUCUGGCUGAGCCGGAGCCCGAGCCGAGGUACCUGGAGGAUGACGAAGCCGAGGAGAGAGUCGUCGGAGGUGAGGUGGCGAGACCCAAUUCCUGGCCUUGGCAGAUCUCUCUUCAGUACAAAUCUGGCAGCAGGUUCCACCACACCUGCGGAGGAACUCUGAUCAAGAGAGGAUGGGUGAUGACAGCCGCUCACUGUGUCGAUCGUUCCAGGACUUGGCGUGUGGUUCUGGGUGAGCACAAUCUCAAUACCAAUGAGGGUAGGGAGCAGUAUAUGAGCGUGAGUCGCGUCUACCUCCACCCCAGGUGGAACUCGAACAACGUCGCUGGAGGGUGGGACAUCGCUCUCCUGCGUCUGUCCUCUGAGGCUUCCCUCAACAAUUACGUCCAGCUGGGUGCCAUCCCACCUUCUGGUCAGAUCUUGCCCCACAACAACCCCUGUUACAUCACCGGAUGGGGACGCACCCAGACCGGAGGUCAGCUGUCCUCCCAGCUGAAGCAGGCCUCCCUCCCCGUGGUGGACCACAAGACCUGCUCCAGCUACGGAUGGUGGGGUAGCACGGUCAAGAACUCCAUGGUCUGCGCCGGCGGAGGGAGCGAGUCCGGUUGCCAGGGCGACUCCGGCGGCCCCCUGAACUGCCGCGUGAACGGCAAGUGGGUGGUGCACGGCGUGACCAGCUUCGUGUCGUCGUCCGGCUGCAACGCCUACAGGAAGCCGACCGUCUUCACCCGCGUCUCCGACUACAUCAGCUGGAUGAACAGCAUAAUGGGUUAAAAGAAGAAGACGACUGGAGCAUUUAGGACCCUCGGGUUUUACCUCAUACAAUAUGGAAUAAAAUAUUCUACAUUACGCAUUUGCCUCUUCUUCGACUGAUUUUUGGAGCCAUCGACGGCGGCCGGAACAGCAAAAACAGUUUGAAAAACAAUUAAUAACAAAAAUAAUCUGAUCCAGUCACUACAGUCUAUGAAAACAGAAUUAUAAUCAAGCAGCUGAACAGUGGAAUUUUGGAUAGUAUUGUAAUAUUUGUGGAAACAAAUUGUUAACUUGCUAACCUGCCAGUGUACUACCAAGAAGUUAUUUUUAUCUUAAUAAACAAGA